ACUGUUGGAGUAUGGAAUAGUAAUGUACUCGUCGGUCAUUCAGCAACUAUCCCUAUCUAGCUUCACCAAUCCUUCUUUCACCUCUGUUUCGCUCUCCCUUUGCCAGUUCACCCCCACCCUCUAAUAAGGGUGUCAAUGAUUUUGCAUUUGUUGUAGGUACAUCAGUAGAAGAAGAGACAAACCAACCACACUUAAUAUUUUCACUAUCAUUAG